AUGUGUUUAGGGUGGUGUUCAAACGUUUGGAGUGAUUUUAAAGACUUUGUCCACUCAAGGGGAAAUGUGGUUGACUUGGGUGUCGGUAUAAUCAUUGGUGCUGCUUUUACUAUUGUGAUUAACUCCUUUGUUUCUGAUAUUAUUUCUCCGCCUCUCGGUUUGGUUAUUCAUGGAUCGAACCUUGAAAACUAUUUCAUCGUACUCCGGCCCGGAAAAACACCAGACGCUACUUAUAAUACUCCGGCGGAGGCUCAAGCUGAUGGAGCAGUACAAAAACAUGAAGCCGCAACUACUGAAACUUGUCCUUGGUGUUCAGCCAAGAUUCCUGUAAAUUCCGUUAAAUGCCAAUUCUGUACUAGUUAUAUAAAGGAAAAGAUACCUCCCCAAUAUAAAAGAGACGCAAAUGAUAACACUCUGAUUGAUUUACAAGAAUCCUAA